AAAAAGUUCAAAAAUUGAACUUUAUCAUUAUUUUCACGAAAUCUCGCGGAACUUCUAAAAAGUUGCAGUCCGCAGAAAAACUGCUUUAUCCGGGUCUCUCCUGCGCGGCCGGAGUGUCUGGUCAAAGGGGUGUGCAGCUUAAAGGUACAUGGAAGCAUAAGAUAAGAAACAAGAAUAAGAGAAGAAGAAAAACAAACCCAUUAAGGAACCUCAGCAAUUCAUUUAGUGUGGCAAAUUUGAAAGUGUAUCAAAUGACGUUUUUAGCAUGAAAAUUCGUUGUGGUUUCUUAGAACGAUUUCAAUUGAAAGAGAGAGAAAAAAAGAAAAAGUUUUAACAUUUCAAUAUUUAUUGAUUGAUAAGUCAAAAUCUGUCAAAAAUUUCCAUCAAUAAUCACUGAAUCGAAACUGUUAAGAAGAUAAUAGGAGAAGAAAAAAGAAUGGACAACAACAUUUCAUCAGAAGGUCUGAUUCAGUCGUCGUCAGAUGACGACAGUGAUGCUGAUCUCGUAACUGACUAUCUCGAUGCACCAACAUUAACAACAAACUCAACAUCAACAGCAGCGGCUAAUAAAUCGUGUACACCCACGCAAACACCAAAUAUCAAAAAUUAUUUUGUAUCUACUGUCGAUAUAAAAGACAAAAGUUUAAUGUCAAGCAGCGAGUUAGGAUAUGCUAAUGGUACAUCCGGAAGUGGUUCUAAUAAUAACAACAACAACCACUUUAAUGCCGGAAAUAACAAUACAAUAACCAUAACAACGCCAUCUGGUCAUACACAAAACAAUAUCAAUAAUAACAACAGCAACAUCAUCAUCAAUAACAAUCAUAACAACUGCAGUAUGGUGCCAAUUAUCUCAGUGACACCGCAUAGUCCCGGUGCAAAAUACAAUAGUAUUUUGGAAGAUUCAUUAAGUCAUUUGCAAAGUAUUCGUGAGACUGUCGUUCAAAUGAAGAAUUCAUCAGCUCAAAAUACAAAUUUUGGCAAUAUUGGAAUCAUUAAUCCAACGUUGGCAUCAUCAAAGAUUUUCUACUCAUGCCCUUCCCUACCAAAUCUUAGUGUCUCUAAUGCUAUUUGGCUUGCAGCUCAAAAUGCUAUGACUUAUACAUUAAAUGAUAAUCGUCGAAAGUCAUGGACGGCAAUUGAAGAUCUCACCGACUGUACGAAAAAUUCUCAUAAGAGCAGCGUUAGUUUAACAAGCUUAGAUAGUGAAGAACAAGAAUCACUGAGAGCUAAUGAAAGGCUUCAUAAUAGAACGAAUCGUAACAGUACUGGCGGUAUUUCAACUCACUCUUUGAAUGAAGCAGAACUGGCGAGAGAUUUUGAGAAGCUAAAUGCAAAACGGAACUUAGCACCGACCGUUUGUCGCAUCCCUUUACAAAAAUCCAUUUCGACACCAUCAAUCGCACCCGUUCAAAAUGCCAAAGAAGAAAACAACGUACCAUCACGACAUCUAUCAGAUAGUGAGGAUGAUAAUCAAGAUGAUAGAUCCUUAUUAUGUGUUAGAGAUAAAAUUGAAGUUUUUACGGGCCCAGAAAAGCGACGUAAGCGAGGAUCUUUGUUCUCACGGAAAAAGAAAGACAAAAUGAAAUCAAAAGGACAAUCAACAAACUGUGAUGCUUGUGGAGCUUCAAUAAAUCUUGCAUCAUUCAAAGAUCACGUAGUAGAAUGUAAAAUGAAACUAGCUAAGUCUCAAAGUUCGAAAUCAUCGAGUGGAAAACAAAAUUAAAUCAAAAAAUCAAAAUUUAGCCACAAUUCACAUCACGAUAGUCGAGAUUAUUACGAUGGACACUCGCACAACGAUCAUCCAAACUAUUCGGAUGACACGCCGUUGAUACGAGACGAGUUUUUGAAUGAAGCAGCAAUUGGUCCACAUGACUUGGGUGCUGAGCCGAUUCUUGGCAUCGCUAUCGAUGAGUACGACUCAUGGAGCCCAAGUGUGCCAAAAGAAGUUGUAAAAUCAUUGAAAGAUAAGCAAGUCAAACGACAGGAGCAUAUUUAUGAAUUUAUAUCAACGGAGAAACAUCACUGUCAGACGCUUCUAGUCAUGCAAAAAGUUUUCGCUGACAGCAUUCAGAGGCAUUUCAAUUACUUAAAUUUGGAGCGGAUGUUUCCGCGUCUUCAAGAGUUGACUGAUUUGCAUAUUGGGUUCUUGAAGAAAUUGCGACUUAAGCAACGUGAAAACCACAUCGUUGAUAGCAUAGCUGAUAUUUUGGUCGAAUUCUUUUCUGCAUUAUCGGCACAAAAAUUGAAGAGUGCAUACGGCGAAUUCUGUGCUAAUCAUCGUUCAGCAUUAAACACUUUCAAAUACUACAUGACGGAAGAUUUAAGUUUUGCUGAGUGGUACAAGCAUUGUCUGCAGAAUCCUUUGUUGAAGAAGAAAGGAAUUCCAGAAUGCAUUCUGUUUGUGACCCAACGAUUAACAAAAUAUCCACUUUUGAUCCAGCCAUUGCUGAAAAGUUCGGUUGAAGAUAAAGUUGAGCAAGAGAAGCUUUUAAAAGCGAUGCAUUAUGUGAAAGAAAUUCUAGUUGAUGUUGAUUCACGUGUCGCUGAUAAAGACAAAGAAGAUCGUCAUUUGGAAAUUUUUAAGCGAAUCGAUGCAAAAUCUCAUGCAAUUUUAAAACUUAUUGACGAACGAUCCGAUUCCAAAGAGAUCAAAAUUAAAGAAAUGAAAUUUAAAAAGUCUGACAUCAUUUCAUCAAAUCGUAAAUUGAAAUUUGAAGGUGUAGCAACUUUAAUGCAAGGACGAUCGAAGAUGUUGACAGUGCUUGUUGUUGUGUUGUCAGAUUGUCUUUUCUUUUUACAAGAGAAUUCACAUAAAUAUGUUUUCUUCAAUCCUGAAAACAAAGCUGGCGUUGUGACACUUCAGAAGCUUCUUAUUCGUGAGAAAGCUGGAUCAUCAGAUUCCCGUGGUAUUUACAUCAUCUCAUCGAAUCCAGCUAAUCCAGAAAUGUACGAAUUAAAAGUACAAAAUCCAAAAGACAAAAAUGUUUGGAUUCAGUCGAUUCGAGCUGCAGUUGUCGAUUGCCCAGCUGAUGAUUCAAAAGCUGACGAAAGCAUGACAGCUGAUCAGAAACAAAGGAAUAUCGACGAGAAGCAAGCAACAAUAAGAGAAUUAAUUGGAAAAAUGCGCCAAAAAGACUUUGAACAAGCAAUCGUUCUGGAAGAGAAAAUUGCAUUGCAUCUUGAGCUGUUGCUUAAUCGUCAGGGAUCAUUUGCAUCUGCUGAACAGCUGAGUCCAGGUGUUAAUACUUUCUUAUCAAGUUUUGGCACAUAUCGUGACUUGGUGCUUGAUGAUUGCGAUCCAAUCGAGAUUUGGAAGAGAACAUUGAUUGCAGUUCAAGACAUUAGUCAAUUAGCAUCGUCUCUUUAUACAGCAGCGACAGGUUUGCCAUUUUCACGAUCAUUCAGUUCAGUUGGUGAACGACAAAGUGAACUUUACAUUUCUCCAACACUCCCAAAACGUGCUGAAACUUUUGGUGGUUUUGAUGAACGUCGUAACAAAGCUUCUUAUGUUCUACCAUCACGUGACGCUGUCUUGUCGACACUCUCACCUGGUUACUUCUCAAAUCGUGAUCAGAAUGAAAAGCGAGAGUCAAAUGCAUCUGAACUUGACUCGGUGUCGUGUUAUGGUUCAUCGACAACAAAUCUUGGCGAUGGUCAUGCUGAGAAUGUCACGACAGAAAUGCUUAAAGAUAAUAAUUAUGCUGCACUUCAAGUGUCACAUAAUUUACAGACAUUACUUUGCAUCAUAUCACAACAAAUGACGACAAUUCAAAGUCUUCAAAGUCAAUUGAAUAAUUAUCGUGAGAAUCCCAAGACAAUGUAUCGACAUAAUGAUCAAUUGGAAGAGUUGAGAAACCUUCAAGAUCGUCUUCAAGAAGAGAAGAAAGCUUGGUUGAAGCAUAAAGAACAACAAGAGAAAGAACUUGAAGAAGAACGUAAGAAACAGAAAAUCUUACAAGAUCAAAUCAAGAAGGAGCAGCAAGACAUCCAAGAGCAACGUGAACAACUUUACAGGAAAAUGGAAAUUUUAUCUAAUCAAGGCUUAUUGAUUUCCCCGAACGUCGCAAUUCCUGUCAAUCAAAUUUCUUCGAAUCUUUCAUCAGAAAUUGAUGGACAAGCAACUGGUGGAGGUAGUAGCAGUGGUUCAACAAUUGAUGAACAUCAUACAGACGGGAAUAACGUUUCUGAUCGAAGGAAAGACCGAUGGAAGCCAGCAACAGCAAUAAAACCAACAACUGUAAACAUGGGAAGCUCAACGAAUUCAGUAAAAAAUGUUGCAACAGUUAAACAGCAACUUCCUUUGAAGCUUUCAUCGCUUAGCAACACAAAACCAUCAACUAAUGUAAACGUAAGCACAAUCACGUCUCCAUCUGGCGUUGCGCAAAUGCUUCCACUGAAAUUGGCUGACAAAAAGUCAACAAUAACACCAAAUCAUUCGCGAACAGGAAGCAGUCCAGCAGUCAUUCAGCAACCAGUUAUGACACAACAACCUGGAAAUCCAGCGAUAAGAACCAACACAUAUCCGAAGAUUCCUGAACGGUAUCGUUUAAGAAGCACCGACGGAACAUUGCCAACAACACCACAAGGUGCAAGUCAAGGUCACAGUAAUCAAACGACACCAAGCAAGAUACGAAGUGUAUCAUUACAUGGACAGUCAACGACACCACUACUCACUAAAGUGUCACCAAAUAAUCAUUUGACUAACAGCAAUAGUAACAACAAGACUAAUGACAACAAGGACGGAAAAGAGCAGAAUAAGGAAGAAAAAGUGAUUUACUUCUGAUAUAAGCCUACAGAAGUAGAAAUUUAAAAGCAUUUUUGCUUUCAUCGACAAUGUUUUUCAUCAUAUCAAUUGAAUUAUCAGCUAAGCUUUAAUUUCUUUCACUUCAUUUUAAACUUAUUGGCGUAAGCUUUCAUUAGAAAAUUAGUUGCAGACCCCGGCGCUGAUGCGUGAAAAUAUCGUUAAAAAGCUUCUUAACGAAACAAUUGAAAUAAAAUUGGACGAGUGUAUGAAGCUACGCUGUUCAGUAAUUCAAUGCCGGGCCAUGGUUGUUCUUUUGUAACAAUUUUAAAGCUUUUCUUCAAAUAUUCUUGCAAAAACUAUUGAAAAAUGUUUCCUUCAAAACUUUUUUUGACAUAACUUAAUUAGCUGAUUAUUAGUCGUGAAUGUUGUGUUUGAACGUACAUAAAUCGAAUUUAUAAAUGUUUCUUGUAUGUUGAUUGUGAUUCGUUGUGUUGAAGAACAAGAAGAAAUAUUUAUUAUGGAGAAAAUCAAUUAAAUGUUUUAGUUUAGAACGAGUAAAGAAAAGUGAUUUAAAUAUUGAAAAAAAGCUCAUAACUUAUUUGUGUUUUUCAUCUGAUGACAAUAUUUUAAUAAGUUUAAAGAAAAAAAAUACUUAAAGUAUCAAUUUUUAUAAAAAAAAGUUGAUGGUGGAAUGAGUUACGUGCAGAUAAUCGUCCAUUUUCUUAAUCGUAAAGAUGACUUUUCCAUUCUUCCACCAUCAGCUUAUGAAACUCCACUGUUCUUAGAGCUCAUCUUAACACACGACAACAACAAAAAAAUGAAAAGACUUUUCAAUCUAACACAAAAAAGAGACAACAAAAUUGUUAGCAUAACAUUUGAGUUCACUCGCGAUAACAUUCUUGGACAAUACAAAAAGAAACACUGAAAGAAUUCUAUUAUAUUAUAUUUAGGUCUUAGACAUCUCACCAAUCUUUAAUAAAAGAAAAAAAGAAGAGAAAAAAUGAUGAUGAAAUUGUACUUAAGUAUCUACUAUUUACUUGGAUAAAUGAAACUCCAGUUGUUGACAUCUUUUAUCUACUCUUCCUCUUGCCCACCUUCUACUUCACUUAAGCUGAAUGUAAAGAAAUAAACUAACAGUUUUGUAAAUAUUUAAUUUGUCAGAACAGAAGGAAAUAAGUACUUACAUGUUUCAAUGAUAUGAAUUAAAAAGAAAAAGAAGAAAACUAUUUAAAGUGCAUUUAACGCUGAGCAAAAAGCAGCUUUUUCUAGCUGAAAAUAAGUUUAAAAAAGAGAAAAUAAUAAAAGUUCAUACAAAGCAAUUCAAUUUGCUCAUAAUCUUAUUGUACUGAUAAAAGGAAGGAAAAUGGAAAAUCAUAUUUUCCUUGACAUUUGCAAUUUUUUCGCAAACUUUAACUGAGUGUCAUGAAUUUUCAAAGACAUAUGAAAUUAAUGGCAAUCUACUUUAACAAUUUACAAGGUUUAACAUAAAUAUAAUCUUUUGGCUAAGUGCGAAAGCUUCGUGUGCUCGACGUAGCGUGGCGGCGUUGUGUGAAUGUGUGAUCAGUCGUUGAAGGAAAAGCUGAAGAAAUUCUUGGCAAAAAAAAUUACAAAUUGCUAAAUUAUGUGCAACAGUAACAAAACUAAAUUCUUAUACAUUCUCAAAGAACGAAACAGUAUUUUUUGUGACUUGACUUUUAACAUUCUUUUGUUAAGAUUUCAAGAAAAGUAAUUGUAAUCAAACUGACCCUUGAAUUGGAAUUCUUUACGGUAUUAAAAAAUAUAAAAGAAGAAUGAAACAAAAACCUCGAUGUUUGUUUGAUACUCUUACUUAGAAUGGUUGUUAUUUUUAUUAUCUAGAAAACAUUUAUCACGAUGAAGAAGAAAAUUUUUGAGAAUUUUGACAAAUUCUUAUUGCUGGUCAACAAUAGAAAACAAAAACUAACAGGAUAUUUUAAAAGCAGGAAGAAAAAUCAUAUUUUUGUAAACUUUGAACUCCUCAAGAGACAAAAUAACAAAAUUCCUUCAUCCGAUAGUUUAUUUACAAAGUGUAAAAGAUUUAUGUAGUUCUUCUGAAACAAAUCUACAAAUAUAUAUUUUCAAUCAUAUAUCAGACAAAAAUCUCCUUGUAGGAACGUGUUGUAAUUAGAGAAUUGUGAUUGUGAUUACUUAGAACACGAAAAGAAUUAAAUAACUUGAAACUUUGCGCAGCUUGUUGCAAGAACUUACAUGAUUACUUAAAUGAAUAAAAAAGAUGCACUGACACUUACUAAGGAAACUUGUUGAUUUAAAAAUGAAAAAAAUAUCUACACAAAGUAUUAAAAGAUAAAAAAAUAAUUACAAAUGGCCUAAAUAUUAAAACAAAAAGAGAAACAUGUAAUUUUCAAGACGUUUAAACUGUUAAGAAGCUGAAUAUCUAUUAAAUGGCAAGAUUAAUGUCUUUUAACUUGAAACUUUUCUUAUAAUUCUAAUAAAUUUGUUUCCCUCAUUUCCCGAUGAUGUAAGGCUGUGUCUGUCACUAGACUAUCAACAUUCCAACCUUCCACUUUCUAUUUAAGUUUAAUUACAUGUACAAAAUAUUAUUCAUCUUAAUAUUUCCUUCGAUAUUCUAUGGAAUCCUUGUCUUUCAUUACAUUCAAAGACUUAUUCCUCUGAUGAACGCCAAAAUUUCUCUUCUUUCAUCUUCAAAUAAAUAAUUUCCAAUUUCAUUGUUUACAUCAUUUGAAAUCUUCUCCAAAAAUUGAACCUCAGAGAAAACAAAAAAAAAUAUAAAUAUUAAAAAAGAAAAAAAAAAAUCAUUUCGUGCAUUUAAAGAAGACAUUUAUCAUGUGACUUAAUUGUUAAUAACUUAGAUUUUUAAUGUAAAUAGCAACAAUAAAUACUCGACUUUAAUUUAUGUAAUUUUUCCUCCAUUUUUCCCUCAAACAAAAAAAAAAGAAGAAAAUGAAAAAAAAAUUAUAAAAAAUAAAUAUAUUGGAAUGAAUUUUCAUUAGAAAGCUGUAACUCAAGGAAGUAGAAAAUUAGAGGAUGAAGUUUGUAAAAAAUCAAAGGAUGAAGUGGAAAGAAGGAAAAUGAGAAAGGAAAUUGGCAAAAUAAAUAUAAUUCAUUAAAGUAGAAA